AUGGUUGCCAGUGCAUUUCCUGAUGAUGGUGGAACUCGGGAUAUUUCACGGGACCUUGCAGUCAUGGAGAAAAUUGAAGAAGAGGCGCGUAAAGAGCGUGAAAUUUUAUCUGCUAAAAAUACACGAGCAAAUGCAGAACCUGUAGAAGUGACGGGUGAGAAGAUUGCAAAGCUAGACUCGUUGCUGGAGAAAGCGAGUCUGUAUUCGAGUUUUUUGUUCUCCAAUAUGGAGAGCGCCGCUACAGUGAGUGAUGCUGCGCAGGUUAAUGAAGAAAAAGCUGAAGAGCUUACGAAAGGUAAACGGAAACGGGAUAAGAAGUCGCCAAUGAAGUUUAACAAGAAGACGAAAAAAGGAGUAGACAAGCUACGUGAGGUACAGGAAGACGUACUAUUGGGUACGCAUCAUCAUCAACCUAAGAAGAUGCAGUUUGCUCAACCUAAGCUUCUUACCGGUGGUACGCUGCGUGACUAUCAGUUGGAGGGUAUUCGAUGGCUGUGCAACUUGUUUGAAAAUGGUCUAAACGGUAUUCUUGCAGAUGAAAUGGGUUUGGGUAAAACAAUACAGGUGAUUGGUCUUUUAGCGCAUCUGAAGGCACUAGGUGUGCGAGGGCCGCACCUUAUUGUAGCCCCACUGUCGACGCUGAUGAACUGGGCGACGGAGUUUCACAAAUGGUCGCCUAGUAUGCCCGUGGUGAUCUAUCACGGCACGAAACAGGAGCGCAAGAGUAUGCGGAAGAAUGAGCUGAACGCGAUGAAGAAGAGUAAUGUCGAUUUUCCCGUGGUCAUUUCUUCAUACGAAGUCAUGUUGGCAGAUGCCAGAUCGUUUACAAAAAUGGGAUUCGUUUGGAAAUAUAUGGUUAUUGAUGAGGGACACCGCUUGAAGAAUAUGGAUUGCAAACUCGUUCGUGAGCUGAAGCGUGGACGCUCAGAGAACCGGCUGUUGUUGACAGGCACACCUUUGCAGAAUAACCUGACGGAGCUGUGGUCGUUGCUGAACUUUAUUCUACCUGAUGUGUUUGAUGAUCUUGAUCUCUUUGAAAGCUGGUUCUCCUUUACGCCUGACGCUGUUGCUACUGCUGCUGCUACGAAUGAAUCGGUAGCUGUGCAAGAUGUGUUGCAGGGUGAGAAGAAAGUCGAGGUUAUUGCAAAGUUACACGAAAUUUUACGACCUUUUCUUCUUCGUCGACUGAAGGUCGACGUAGUAGGAGAGAUGGUCUCAAAAACGGAGAUUUUUGUUUACUGUCCCAUGACGCCGAUGCAGCGCGAAUAUUACAAGAUGAUUUGUGACGGCACGCUUGCAAAGGCUAGGGAGGAGAAAUACGGCAAAUUCCAGGCUCAACAGGCAUUCAAUACAAGGACGCUGAGGAACAAAGUGAUGCACAUGCGAAAGUGCUGUUUGCACCCUUACCUUUUUGACGAACCUUUGACAGCCACUGGAGGUGUUGUUACGGAUGAAAGCAUUGUAGAGUUGUCUGGAAAGAUGCUUGUUCUAGAUAAGAUGCUGCGGGAGCUUAAGCGUAGUGGCCACAAGGUGCUUAUUUUCAGCCAGAUGACACGUGUGCUGGAUAUUCUAGAAGAUUAUCUGCUCCUGCGAGAUUAUAGCUAUUGCAGAUUGGACGGCAACACGAAACUGGUCGAUCGUGUUGACCAGAUGCAGAGGUUCAACAAGGUAUCUGCUAGGUCGGUGUCCGCAAACGAUGACGAGAAUAUUUUCGUUUUUAUGCUGUCUACGCGCGCUGGUGGUCUUGGCAUCAACUUGAUCGCGGCCGAUACAGUCAUUUUCUUCGACUCGGACUGGAAUCCGCAACAGGACAACCAGGCAAUGGAUCGCUGUCAUAGAAUUGGUCAAAAGAACGAAAUCAUCGUGUAUCGUCUUGUGACUGAAAACUCUUUCGAGGAUCGUAUGACCCAGCGAGCGUUCGAGAAGCGUAAACUUGAGCGCGUUAUCAUCCAGCGCGGCGGGUUCAAGCAUCGCACAACUCCUGCAGAGGCUGGCAAACUUACCAACACGGAGUUGGAGGAACUAUUAAAGGAUGAUGUGGAAAUCCGAAAGGGCGUUGAGAGCGGCGGCAUUACUGACAAGGAACUAUAUCAGAUUUUGGAUCGCGAGUUGGUUGUCAAGAGUUUUGUGAAACACACUAAAGGUAAAUGCGAAAAGAAAACAUCAACACAGUCAAACGCGAUUCCAUCGAAGAGUAAUGGUUUUGAGGUGGUGGAAAACGCACCGACAUCGAUGGAGGGCUUUGCUUGA